UAUCAAGCAUGAGACAAUAUUCCUAGUACAUUGAUUUCAACCACUUAAUUUGAAUGACAUGAAGAAAAAAUGUGUCUCUAUAGACAAGAAAAUGUAAGCAACAACAACUGUUGAUGAGGGACUUUCACUCUGUGUUUUUAAUCAAAUUAAUCUCCUCAGGCUGUUCCAUUCAAUUCCUUCCGUUCCAUAUCAGUCUAGGGGAAGGUGUUUUGGAGCACCAGCUUGGCCUCCUCCAUUCAUUGAUCAAUGAACAACGUUUCUGCUCUGCUAUUCCGAUCUGGGUCUUGCUCUCUUAGCACCAGUGGCUCCGGGCAGAAGGACCCACUUGUAGGUUACUGGCCCCUUGGGGCUCGGUAAGAAAAUAUGGUGACUGGCAGAAUUGGAAUAGUCUCUGACUCCUCUCUUUGAUUCUGGCCUCUCAGCUCCCAACACAUGAAGCGGUGGGCUGCGGAAGCUUGUCCCAGGCUGACUCACCCACCUUGUUGGAGGCCUGCAAACGGGAGGGAAACCAGGACUGUCCUGCCUGGUGUUUGACCACUGGACUCUCCCCACUGUUACUAUGUCUGGCACCAGUGACCACACUUAGUCUUUUGUCUUCUGCCGCUUGGUUCGAGUCAAGGGGGAUCUCCUUCGAGCCAACAUAAGGUCUACCUUCUGUUUGGCAUCACAACAGCGUGUGUGCGCACACGCAGGACUGAGCAAGAAGAGGGGCUUCUCCCCAGAAACAGACUGAGGGAGCCGCUCUCCCCAGGAAGGGUUUUGCCCGCCCCUUGAGGGAGCCCCUCUCCUGAGGACUGGUACCCACUUGGCGAGGAACCGACUGGGUGAGGAAUCAGGGAUGCCUGAUCACCCCAGGUCAGUUGGGGGCACCCAGCCCUCACAGCAAAGAUGCCUCAGUGGGAGGUUCUGAGGGGGUGUUGGAAGCUGGUAAGAACAGCUGUGGGGAUUUUUGUUCUGUCUUUGUCUUUACACUAACGUUCUUCCACUAGGACCGGCUGGGAGGGAUGGACUUUGUAUGAAACGACUACAUCUUAUGCCUCACUGUAUUUUGAAUUAUUCUGUGGCGAUAAACAUUGUGUCUCACUGGGGAAAUGUUUCCUUUGCCUGAUAUUGUGAGGGCCUACAAAUCCACCCUUCAGGAAUUGGUAGCUAAUCAUGGCAAAGGAGAUCUCACUUUAAAAUAGUCAGACUGACAGCAAAAACAGCUAUCAAAAGGAUCCUUACCACAAAAAGAGAAGAAUCUAGGGAUCAAGAUAACUCGGGAUAAUUUAAAAUUACAGUGGCCAUUUUGAGGCUCCUUUGAGUCUCCAGAACUUACACGUUGGUUGUUAGAAGGAACAUUCCAGUCAGGUAAGAUCUUUUAAGAAGCUCACUUAGUAAGUCAUGGCUUCCACGGACACCCCUGUAAUCUACCUUCCUUCGAAGGAAGACCCCAUACGAGGCCCUCCCAUGGUUAACAAGACUGAGAGAUUUUCUGGGAAACUGCUACCCUUAAACAGUGAAGGGGAAACUAAAAUUAAAAAAAACAGUAUAUGGAGUUGUUUAAUGCUGUCAGGAAUAAUUUCAGUUUGUCCCAGCUGAAAGUUGACAAGGUCUUUGAAAGGAUUUGAUAAGUUAUGGUCAGAAAUUUGGCCAAAUUGGAAGCUGAUGUUUAAAAUCAGAUAGGAAUUUUUUUGAGCUUCUUCCUGAAGUUAAGGUAAAACUAUGUAUCCAGAGGGAAAGAAGCAAACUAAAGGUAAUGUAAUUGGAUGGGUGUGUCAGUCCUUUGAUGAGGAAACUCCAAGCCCUCCUGACUUCUCCUGUGAGCCCCUCUCAGACCUGAAGCUCUUAGUCUGGAGACACAAGAACAGGUCCUUGCUGGGCUGGCUUUUCACCCCCAUGGAGGUGCUGGGACUCCUUCCUCCGUCAUCUCUCAUGAGUAUAUUUAUCCCCACCCUGACCCGCACUGUCCCUGGAGUGCCUGGGUCUGCAGCACCACGAGGCUGCAAAGAAAGGCUAGCGGGUGAAAUGGAAAAGGCCAACCAGACCUAACAAACCAGAUCUGCAAUGGGGUUCGACAGGCUCUUCCCAGCCUGACUUGGUUUCUACCACCUUUGGGGCCUCUCGGGACUAUUUUGAAUCUUCCACUCUUUGGGCUUUGCGUCCUAAAUGCGCUGGUUUCCUUUGUAAGCCAACAACUAAUGAAAUUUCAAAUGGUAUUAACUCGGGAUAUGAGAGGUUGAGAGGCCAACUGGAUGACAAUCAGAUGGAUCUAAAAGUUGCCGGGGCUAAGUUCUACUUCUCUAUGGCCCCUAUUACAGGACCCCUGGUCAGCUGGAAGUCGUCACAAAAGAUGUCACUUCAUCCAUUGCCCUUCAAGAAUGAGGAGCAGGACACAGUCAGAGGAGGGAUUUUGUGACCCAGGGAAGUCCCUAAAACAAUUUCCACGUCUAACACUUUGGUGUUAAGUUAUGGUCAUAGGAACCAGGGCACAGCAAUGCCAGGUGGCCAGACAGGAGAAGCAGUCCAAACCAGAAAGUUCCAACAUGGCGAUGGGGUGCAAUGCACAAAGGAAAUGUGUGCCAAAGGUGCCAUGUGCAAGAAAGGAAGAUCUGUGCAUGCCCCAAAUGCCCCCUCCCCGGGCGAUGACUUGGACCCUGCGCCCUUCACAUCCCGUAAGAACCCAGCUCAGCUUCUUCCAGGAGAAGCUGUUUUGCAGCAUGAGCUCUGCCUCCUCCAUUCAUUGAUAAAGGAGUAAUGUUUCUACUCAGUCAUUCCAAAACUAUGUAUCAAUAUCAUCCUAACUUUGGAAACCAAGGAAGGAAUCUUGGGAUUACAGAUUUUAUCCAUGUCCAAGGCUAAUAUAAUCAUGUUGAAAUUAAAGAGACCUUCAAAAUGGCCACUACGUUUCAACACAGAGUUCUGAAAAUGUGUGCGGGGGCUGCCUCUCAGCACAGACCCCAUAGUCGGGUGGUGGUGGCAGGUCUGAAGCUGACUGGUGGCCCCUGAGUCACAGGUCUGUUGGAGCUCUGACUCACAGUUGGGGGACUCUGCCAGACACAGAGGGGUUCAGGUGCUCAGUGGCUAAAACGAAUGACAACUGUCAGCUGCAUGUCACAAAGGAGCAGUGAUUUUGUCCCCUCAUAAGCAGCUCAGAGGGAGGCAGUUCUAGAUCGGGGCAGUGUCAAGACUGUCAUCAAAGGGUGUCUGUGUAGCAUGUUGACUUGUUGCCUAAUGGGCCCAAGAGGGCACUCCCGGCCAGCACAUCUAGGUUCAAGACAGGAAGAAGGAACAGAGCUGUGCCAACGGUGUCCCUUUCCCCUUUGAUCAGGGAGCUAGAAGCUUUUCUAGAAACCACAGAGAUCCACUUAAAUCCCGUUGACCAAACUUUUGUCAAGAGAAGCCUGGAAACGAGGGAAGCUGGGAAAUUAUUUCACUGCCCCAACCCCAAAGGGGAAUUUCAUGAGAGCAGAAAGGAAAAACUGGAGACAGAGUGAGCAAUGAGCACGGUUUGCUUCGAUCAGCACUUCCCCCGAAAGGGCGAUUGGAAUCAGCCCCUUCUCCCCAUGUGCUUCGAAACUCUGCUGGGGUCUGGAAGCCCACCUGGCCGGGGCAGGACCUCUCCGUCCCCAGCAAGUGGGGGUGGGGGCGUUGCCGUUGGAGGUGCUGGUCAUAGGCUGCAGAGCCCCUCGCUCACAUUCUCAGCUUCUGUGACAUCACACUGGGACUCGUGCCUUCUACCCUGAGCCGUGGCUUGGGCGCUCACUAUCUCUUGAGCGACCACUUUGGAGAUAGGGCUCCUGGAGCCAGUGUUGGCGAGGGCGCCUGUGGGCCCUGGAGGUGCCGCCAUGCCGCUGUCGCGGGCUGGCCAACCUCAGGGCCUGCUUCCCUGGAUGCUCCCGAGCUUGUGUGCCGCUCUCAGUGCAGUGAUGCUGCUCAUCCUGAGUGGACUGUUCUUUGCUUUCCCUUGCAGAUGGCUGGUGCAGAACGGCGAGUGGGUCUAUCCCGUCAUCUUGGGCCCCCUCUUCGUGCUCACCUUCUGCUGUCUCAUCGCCCUCAAUGGGUCAGACCCUGGCACCCUACAUCAAGGCUCCAACGAACUGGACCCCAUGAUGAUGCCUGUGGUGUGGGUGAACCACAGGGCCUUCCACCUGCAGUGGUGCCCAAAGUGCCGCUUCCACCGCCCGCCCCGGACCCACCACUGCCCCCGGUGCAACAUUUGUGUGGAGGACUUUGACCACCACAGCAGGUGGGUGAAUAACUGUGUCGGGCACCGCAAUUACCGGCUUUACCUGCUGCUGGUCCUGUCCCUGUGUCUAUACACUCUCGCCGUGCUGGUCGCCUGUGUGACGGUCCUGGUGCGCACGACCCACCUGCCCUACGGUCUGGACAAGAUCAUCACCAUCGGGGUGGCUGUACCCGCCGCCGGCUUCCUGGUGCCUCUCUUCGUGCUGCUGCUCAUCAAGGCCUGGUCGGUUAGCAAGGCUGAGCGCUCCCAUGAGGGCAAGUACCAAUACCUGUAUGUAAAGAACCCUUUCGACCUUGGCUGUGCCAGAAACUGGUGUUUCACAAUUUUUGCGCCACGAGGACCCAAGUACAUGGCCGAAGCCGUUGGGCUACAGAGAGCGGUGGGGCCUGACUGGGUGCCCAUGCAGACCCUGCACUGCUCGACAGGCCCCUCGGGCCCAGUCUUCCAGCCGUCCCCGGGCCAGGGGCUCGCCCCCACGCCCAAACUCAGGGUCUCUACACACCGGGACGGGCUCCCCCAGGGAGUCGAGAUCCUGCAGAUCUCCAGGAGGCAACUUUGAAUCUGGAGCUGAGUGUAUGAACCGUGUGGAAGUGGACCAUCAGGAAUGAAGUGGGGGUCCACGCCGGCUGGCCCAGUGCUGCCCCUGCUGCAUGAGGCUGCAUAUCAGCCUUGGUCUGCUCUCGCGCCUUUGCCCCUGGAGAUGCCAGGAGCCUCGACACCUGAACCUCACUCCUCUAUCCCGCGUGGAGGCUCUCCAUGCCCUGUCCCUGCCUACUCCCCUGGCGGGAGUGCCUGGAUCCCCAGAAAGCCCAUUAAAUAGCCUUUGCCUGCCUCCUCCAACUGCCUUGGGGCUUUGUCUGUCCCAGUUUCCCUGGAGCUGGGGGACAUGGGGCAUUCUGGGGGCUGAGACAAAGACCCUGGGAGGAGGGACCAAGAUCCAAUACUGGCUGGCUUUGUGACCUUGGGCAAGACACACAACAUUUCUGUCAUCCUUAAAACGGGGCAACCCUAACAACCACAGCAGAGCUGGAGAUGAUGGAAGAGAAAACCCAGCAGUGCCUGGAUGUCCUCCCCGGAAAGUCCUGGCCUCCACCCUGCAGCUCCCCUGUCUGCCUGAAGAGGGCGCGAGCUGCCCAGGAAUGCACCCAGAGUGGCCUGCUCUGGCAGUGCAGCAUAGGAGCCUCCUGGGUAGCUUGGGGCUGGCCCUCAGGCGAGGAGGGGGCCCUCCCGCGGCCUCAUCCCUGGGAGGUGGAGUGCGCGUGUUGCCCAUCACAGUCCACCCUGCAUCUUUGCUCCGAGCCAUUCUCACCCUGGUCACUCCCUCCUGUUGAGGAGUCAGAUGCUGUUUCACGUCCUGUCCUUGUCGGGGUACCCUAGGCUCUGUGCCUCCGCUGGCCUUGGGGGGCAGGGAGAGGGCAGUACAUCAAACUGUGGCUCCUCUAGUGGCCAGCGUGUGACCCUGCUUAUGGGAAAUAACGGCACCUUCCUGGAAGGUAGUCAGUGGAUGAAAUGAGGUGGUUCAUGCAAAGACGAGGCACACAGUAGGGACACACUGAAAGCAGCCAGUAUGAUGAUGAUCAUUUUCUCCAUCACACAGCUAACAGACCAUCCAGUUUUCCUCCAAGGGCCACCUUCUCAGAAUUCCAGGGCCCCAGAGCACCGACUCAGAAUCUCCGGGUGGGGGAGGGCGGGAAUCGGAAUCUGAGUUUUCGUCAGGUGCCCGUGUGAUCCUGCCACCCUGGAGUUUCAGAACUGCCUCCUCAGGAGAGGAGGACGGGCACCACCACACUGCUUCCUGGCAUCCUGUGCCCAGGGGAAAUCGGGAGCAGAGGAGGGUAAGAAGGAACGAUGUCGCCAGAGGGCCAGAUCAACACCCCAGGGCCCGUGGAGCUGUGUGUGUUGUGUGUGCAUGCCCGUGCUUGUGUGUUGGGGCAGGAGCUCAUCCUUGGGGAGUGUCAGCCCCACCUGGGGAUGUGGGUGACCUCUGUGCAGGACGUGGCUCCAGGUCUCUACACCAUGAGACCCCUACAGGCUGCCCCUCCCUCCUCUCCCAGCCUGACCGUGACGGACUUGGACCCCUCUGUGUCUGGCCCAGCCUCACCCAUGCCUCUUGUUCUGGAUCUCUGGGCUCAACCCCAGGGACUCCAGCUCUCCCAUGUCCCCUUUGCUUUGGAGUCAGGGUCUCCCAGGUCUGAAGCUCCCUUGGGGUGCAAGCAUUUUCUCAGCUCUCAUCCUGCUGACCUCAGGGUUGACCCUGGGUUCUGGGGAGGGCUGUAGGAUAUUCCUGACAUACAGAAAGGCAGCCUAAUCGUGGCCUUCUUUAAAUGGCUUCUGUUGCCACAUUGAAACUUCUUGGGGCCUGCAUUUCUGAGUCCUGCUAAAGCAGCCUCAUCUGUCUGGGAAGCCCGAAGUCCAUGGGCGCAUGAGAGAGACGGAGGCCACGAGACCUUUUGCACCCCCGACCCCAGGUGUAUGUGUGGUGCCCAAAUCUGUGUGGGCCUCCUGUGUGUGUGUGUUCCGAGGCACAGCACAGCCCAGGCUGCCCACCACUGAGAAGAGGUGCUCAGGCCCACUCCCAAACGGUGUCCUGGGGGUGUCUGUGCCUGAGCUUCACGGGAGGAGGAUCCAGGACCCUGGGACAAGGCCGGGAGGUUGAUGUUCAUGAAAGGGCUGGCUGUAGGAGUCUCAGCUGCUGGAGGCCAUGCUCUGCAGGAGGCUGAGAAGCCCAGGGUCCCCCAGGGUCUGGGA